GGAAAACUCCAAUGCACUGAUGUCGGAUAAAGACAAAGAGCUGGAGAUGCUGCGAAACGAGAUUGCGGCGCUGCGUGGAGAAAACGCCAUGACCAAGACUCUUAAAUCAGCCGUAACGUCACUAGAAGAGGAUAAAGCAGAGCUGCUGGAGCGAGUGAACAGUCUGGAGCAGAAGCUGGAGCUCCGACACACACACAGCGGACAGCAGAGCAGCACAGAAGACACAACUGUUGAGCAGCUGAGAGAAGAAAAGGAGUUUGCUGAAGGACAGAUCAACUUCCUGAACUCCGUCAUCGUGGAUCUGCAGAGGAAGAACGAGGAGCUGAAGGUGAAGCUGAAGAAGAUGGCGCUGACCGAGUUUAACGGGAACGAGGACAAUGACGG